AUGGCUAUUUGGACAGUAGAUCAAGUUGGAGACUGGUUAAAAGUGAAUAAUUUUGAUAAAUAUAUAGAAACUUUCAAAAAUGAAGAUAUUGAUGGCAUAGCUUUGGUAGGUUUACAAGAUGAUGAUAUUCUAAAAUUAUUAUCUAUACAAGAUGAAGAUGGAACAAUAAGAAAUCCUACAAUGAGAACACAACGUAAAUUUAAGGUAAUAUUAGAAGAAUAUAGAAAAUUAAUAAGACAAGAGAGAAAAAAACGUAGACGAAGCAGUUCAUCAGUAAAUAAAGAACUUCAUACAAAUAUAAAUAAUUACGAAAACAAUUUAUUAGUUAUACCUUCAAGAAAUAUAUCUCAUACAACCAAUGAUAUAGGACCAUAUACAAAAACAUAUACAAUUGAACCAAAGGGUAUCAGUAUGAAAUUCUUCAAAAAUGAAUUAAUUUGUUCAAAUUUAACAAAAUAUAUUCUAAAAAAAUAUAAUGUCAAAUGUUAUAUACCAAUAGAAUGUCAAUAUGAUACAAAAGUUACACUAGAAAUAAAAUUAUCGGGUAUCAAAGAAAAUGUCAAGAAUGCUCGCAAUGAUCUUCAUUCAUUACUUACAACAAUUAAAAUUAAAAUUUUCAAUGAUGAAGAUAAAGAUAAAAAAAUUAUUCGUUGGUCAAAAUAUAUCUAUUCCGAUUCUAUACUUACUAUUUUACAAAAAAUUUUUUUCGAUAAGAAAAAAUUAACAUUUUGGGAAAAAACAAAUUUAUUAUCCGGUUAUUAUAUAGUUCAUUAUAUUAGUGGACAACAUAUGUUUAGUGUUUCAGAAGAAUUUAUUAAUCAAACACUCAAUAAUGAAAUAUCUUAUGUCAAAGAUUUUAUGAUACAAAAUGUAGAAAAUAUUCAACCUAAAUUUCGAAAAGAAUUAGAUGAAUUUAUUAGUGAUAAAAAAGAACAACAAUUACAAUUACAAACAAUGGCUAUUAUUUAUUGUCAAUAUCCUUAUCAAACAGAAAUGAAAAUUAGUUUUUUUGGAUUAAAAAAUCAAGUUGAUAUUGCUAAAAGACAAAUCAAAUUAUUGAUUAAUAAACAUCGAAUGAGACAAAUAUGGAUCGGACUUGAUUCGACACAACGUGAAUUUCUAUUAGAUAAUUAUGUUCAUGAAAUAAAAAAUCUCGAAAUAGAUUAUAAAGAUGAUAAUAUUAAAAUUAAAAUUCGUGAAAAUAUAAUUAUUGCACCACAAUAUUUAAUCAUAAAAAUAAAACAAUUAAUUCAAUCAAAGAUUUUUCAAACAAUUACACUUAUCUUUCGAUAUAUUAAAAAUGCAUUUAUAUUAACAGAAAAAGAUCAUUUAAAAUUAACAACUCUUGCUCAAAAUUAUCAUUGUGAAAUAAAUAAAAUCGAUACAGCAACAAAAAAAGAACUUAUUAUCUUACCUAAAGGAAAAAAUACAACAACAUCAAAAUAUAUUAUGAAUCAAUCAAAUCAAUUUUAUUCUUCAUUAUCAAUAUGGAAAAAACUUUCUAUAUCAAAUAAUACAAUAGAAAUUCAUACAUCAUAUGAUUCAACAGUUGAUAUUACUAUUAUAUCAACAAUAGGAGAUGCUAUUAAAGAAAAAAUUGAUCCAAAAUAUGGUAAUGGUUAUUUUGAAUCUGAUACUAAUAAAAGAAUUUUAUUUAUUGAAUGGUCACCAUAUCUUUCACAAGAAAAUAAUAAUAAUAAAAUAAAUGAAUCAAUAAAAAAAUUUAUUUCUACAUCAAUUAAACAAAUCGAUAUACUUUGUGCCAAUAUUGUUAAAACAAUUGCAUUUACAACAACAGAUUGGAAAAAUUAUGAUAAUAAGAAACAAUUAGCAGAAAAUUUUCUUAAUGAAAUGAUAAAUCAACUUGAAUCGAAACAAUAUUCUGAUCGAUCAUGGAAAAUAUUAUUUCUUUUUAAUGAUGAACAAAGUGAUCUUUAUAAUGAAUUCUUACAAAUUAUUUUAAGAUUACAAAUAGACAGAGAUGAUUAUGAACAAUUCUUUUAUCCAAUAUCAACGACUUCAAUAACUCUCAAAGCAUCAGGAAAUUCAAAUAUAUCCAAAUGUGAAAAAUCCAUAAAUGAUUAUAUGAAAAAGAAUGUUCUUACAACAAUUGAAUUAAAUCAUCCAUUCAAUCCUGAAAUAUGGAAUCAACAUAUGAUCAAUACAUAUUAUAAAUAUUGUCUUGAAAAUUGUGUUUUACCAAAGAUUUAUCAAAUUAAUAAACAAACUACCCAACAACAAUGUUUAAAUCUAAUUGGUUCAAUCUCUUCUGUUAAUCAAGUAAAACAAAAAUAUGAAUUAAUGUCAGAAAUUGAACGACAAAAAUUAUUAGUCUGUACUCAAAUAUUAGAAUCUGAUGAAGUAUUAUCUACAUCUUCAACUCAAAUAUUGAAUAAUACUUCUGAUUCUUUCAAUAUUUUAUUAAAUUGUUGUUCGAAUGAUAAAAUUUUGUUACGUCAUCUCGCUAAUCGUUUAAUUGAUGAAGGUUAUCUAGUAACAAUUGAUUAUUCUGAUCAGACACAUUCUAAUAUUGGAUCAAAAUUUGAUAAAACAGAUUUGAUUGUUAUUUGUUUUAGUUUUAAUUAUUCCGAAAAUGCUACUUGUAUGAUAGCAUUGAAUACUAUAAAAUCAUCUGGAAAGAAAUAUAUACCAAUUAUGUUAACAAAAACUUCAUUAAAACAUGAAGAUGAUUGGUUUCAAAUCGUUCACACAAAAGAAUUAUAUUAUGAAUCAUUUCAAGAAGAAAUUAAAUUUAAAUUAAAUGGAAAUUUAGCUUUGGAUUAUGAUAAAUUCUUAAUAGAAUUAUUACAUUAUACAAAACCUGGCGCAGUUGAUCGAACUAAUCCAAUGUCUGAUACUACUAUAAAUAAAGAAGAACAAGAAGAAGACAACAUUGAUCAAUCAAAUAUGUUUUCACAUUUUACACAAGAAGAAAUUCGAGAAAAAGAACAAAUUUAUGAAAAACAAAUUGAACAAAUUUUAGAAAAAGAUAAAAUUUCUGAAGAUGAAUUAACAGAUUUGAUCAACUCUUUAAAAAAUGUUAUUGAAGAUUAUGAAAACGCUAAAGAUUCGAUAUUAGUAGAAGAACAAAAAUCAGAAGAAUCUAUUCAAGGCAUAGAACAAGUCGAAGUAAAAGAAGGGGAAGAAGAAGAGCAAGUUCAUCAAAACGAAGACAAAAACAAUCAACAAAACGAGAAACAAGAAGCCCAACUUUCUCAAAAUGAAGAAAAUUAUCAGAACAAAUAUAAAAGAGAGCCUAUCAUUACUCUAGACUAUUUGAGCGCUGUUGUAUCAAGUGCACAACGUUGGUUAGAAAAAGCAUCAAAUGGUCCUGUCAUCAAAGGUAAUUUACCACCAUUUACGUUAACGGGUGAUUUUAACGAUGCUAUAUUUCGAAUGCCUUUGGAAAACAAGGCUUCAUGGUGGGUAGCAAACGCGAGUCAAAAUGAUUCUGAUCAUUCUUCGUCUGAUCUUUAUUCGAAUGAUUCUGAUCAUUCUUCAUAUGAUCUUUAUUCUAAUGAUUCAGAUUUAAUAGUUGGUCCAUGGUUCAAUAAUGAUGAAGCGCAUAAUUAUUUUCAACGACUUGUUAGUAAAGGCUUUCAAGAUGAUAGAGAUAAAAAAAAAGAACAUUCAAAGAAGGAUGAGAAAGAACAAGUAGAUGCAGAUUCAACAAAUACUAAUGCUGUACGUCAUCCACGUUUUAAUACAGAUCUUCAAAAAGGUACUGUUGCUUGGGAUAUUACUAAAGACAGAGAACUUAGACGAGAAUAUGAAAGAAGAUGUUCUGGAAAACAAUUGAAAAAAUUAAAACAAUCUUCAGAUGUUUGGCAACGUUUUCUCGAUCAAUCAGUACAACUAAUAGAAGAUAUUGAAAAAGGUAAAAUUAAAAGGACAUCGAACGAUAUACAAGGAAAAAUCGGAACAGAACUCAAAACAAAAAAAGAAAUAAAAGAACUUAAUGCAUUAGAUGAUCCAAAUAAUGAAAUUUGGACAAAAAAACGGUAUCCAUCAUGGCGACAAGAAUUUAUUCAAAUAAAACUAUCAAAUACGAUUAAAUGGCAAGAGUUUUGUGCAGCACAAGCGAAAAAACAAUCAUGA